AUGUGGGUGGAUAGCGGAUCCAGCUUUACCCAGGAAGUGCCUGGCGGUAUGCCAGCUGUGUUCGCUAUAAGGAUGGGUCACCGUCUAGCAGAGUCGUGGAUCCCAACCAAUGAAGAAGAGACGAUCGACAUCCUGAUUACCGAGAAAUUCCGUGGUCUUAAUUCAGUGCCUACAUAUCACAUUGGAGGAUUUUAUCUUCCGUUAGGACCUAUGGACUUCCACAAGCCAAGCGGCAAGUUGUUGAUGGCCUGUUCGCACCAGUGGCUUGCAUUCUUCGCUCCUAGCGCACUCCAUACAAAUCUUCAGAACACUGGCAUCCCUCCUCAAUGGCAUAUCCCUCCCCCUUCCACCGGAGUUUACAUCACUACUCUCCGGGCUGCGCCCCCCAAUUCACGUUUGACAGGAAUAUUGGGCACCAACCGGGGUCUUAUCAGCUUCCAGGACGAUGAACUUGAGUGGAUUAACACCUCAUCAUCACCGCAGUUGUCAGUGCACCAGAACAACCCCAAUGGUCAUAGUCGAUUCAGGGUGAAUAACCCUCCAUGGGAACGGGAGAUUCUUUCGGUCGACUUCCUUCCCUCUAACUCCUCUGAGGUAGUCCUGGCAGGCACCCGUUCAGGACAUAUCUGCCUGUUGGACCUUCGGGAACCACUAGUACGGCCGAAAACAAUCCGCCACUCCAGUGCGGCAGCCCAUGUCAGGGCUGUGGGAGGAUACACCAUACUUGCGGCAGGGCCCAACCAUUCCAUGGCUCUUUAUGACCUUCGCUUUUCGAAGCUGUUUGCGUCACAGAACCAUCAACCUCAGGUUAGCCAUACCCUCGGAGGAGCCAAAGGCAAAAACCCAGCCGCCAAGACCUUCCAGAACUGGAACUCAACCCUUCCCAUUGUUACUUUCCCCGGAUACCGAAACGAGGGCCAUAUUCACAUAGGGCUGGACGUGCUUGACGCGGGUUGUUACAGCUCACAUGGGGCGGUGGCAGCUGCCCAUGACGACGGCACCGUCGGCGUGUAUUCACUACGCGACGGGGCCAGGAUGGAUUCUCCUGAGGGAGUGGAUACUAUUCGGGCCCCGGACGUGUGGGAAUAA